UUUCCAUGUUUUGUUUCUGUUGCUUCUCAGUUUAGUUUCAGCUUCAGUCUGCAUCAGUUUACUUCAAUUUUUUCCAGCCGUCAUGUCUCGAGGGUCCAGUGCGGGGUUUGACCGGCAUAUUACCAUCUUUUCUCCCGAGGGAAGACUCUACCAAGUCGAGUAUGCCUUUAAAGCCAUCAACCAGGGAGGACUGACUUCCGUGGCCGUCAGAGGGAAGGACUGCGUUGUGAUCGUCACGCAGAAGAAAGUCCCGGACAAGCUGUUGGAUGCCAUGACAGUCACACAUCUGUUCAGAAUCACAGAGAGCAUUGGCUGUGUAAUGACCGGCAUGACUGCUGACGGCAGAUCCCAGGUGCAAAGAGCACGAUAUGAAGCAGCUAACUGGAAGUACAAGUAUGGCUAUGACAUCCCUGUGGACAUGUUGUGCAAACGCAUGGCUGACAUCUCUCAGGUCUACACACAGAAUGCUGAGAUGAGGCCGCUCGGCUGCUGUAUGAUAGUGGUCGGACUGGAUGAGGAGUUGGGCCCACAGCUGUAUAAGUGCGAUCCAGCUGGCUACUACUGUGGCUUUAAGGCCACAGCAGCUGGAGUCAAACAGACUGAGGCCACCAGUUUCUUGGAGAAGAAAGUCAAAAAGAAACUGGACUGGACCUAUGAGCAGACUAUAGAGACAGCCAUCUCAUGUCUGUCUACUGUUCUGUCCAUCGACUUCAAGCCCUCAGAGCUGGAAGUGGGAGUUAUCAAGACACAGGAACCCGAAUUCAAGAUUCUGUCAGAGGCUGAGAUUGAUACUCACCUGAUGGCUUUGUCUGACAGAGAGUAAAGAAGUGUGCCAGCUGUUUUAUAAAAAGAAUGCUAAACGGUAAAACCAGAAACUUCCCUCACACAAAAGUCUCAACUAGAAGGAAGACAAAGGAGGAGCCGGUAUCAUCAUGUGCAGAGGAGACGGUAGAAGAUAAAACAAUAGAGACAUUUUAUACCAGGUGGGUAGAAUGCUAUCCAUCUGCACCGAUACUCGACCACCUUCAUCCUACCUGGUCAACACAGGACCUGACGGGACAUAAUCUUAUCCACAUACCUACCCCUCCUGUAUUUUCCUUCUCUCUAAAAUGGGACACUUUUACUGCAGCCAGCUGCCCAAUGUCAUAGAUCUUGGAAAGGACAUUCAAAUCAGUCCAAAGUAUGACACACAAGAACAAUGCUCUUCUUGGUGUCAGACAGCCAUCUUCCACGGUGCAGCUCGGCCUAAAUGACUUCACUUGAUGAGUGUGACAUGAGCAGAUUGAAAGAUGGAGGUGUGGUAACACUACAACUACAGCACAAUACCUCGGAAAUAUGAACUCAGUGGUCCUGUAGCUUCUCGAGUCACUGUAUUCCCGCAGUGUUUUCUCAACAUCUUUACUCAGGGCUGCCACUACGUGUAUCUCUCUCAUUUAUUUCAUCUGCUUAAAGUCCUCUCUCUCCUCUGUCUAAAGUUUCAGGAUGAUGUUAAUGCUCUGUACUUUGUGAUAACCCAGGGAACAGCUGUGGGAAUUCUCUCAUUGCGACAGUCAUUGUCGCAUCCCUGUUUGAAGUCUGCUCAGGUCAACGUCAAUAGGAAGUCACCAAUUAUUUCACUCUCUCCCUUGUGUUUCGAUCCUUUUCCCCCUCUGCUGAAAUUGUUGCUGUACAUGACUGCACUUCUAUUAAACAGUGUUUUUAUUUAACACUUAA